AUUAGAUGGCUUUAACAUCAGAUACUUUAUCAAGGAUUCAAGUGAUAUGACUUCAAUCAUCUUGGUGUUUGCAGAGUUCAGUCCAGAGAAAGAGCAGAGUCUCCAGUACCCAGCUGUCUGUAUAUGAAGAGUGACUGGUCCAAAGGUUUUCUUGAAGACUUCAGUAAUGAACCUGGACCCUCAGAGUCAAAAGAGAAGAAGAGGAGUCAUGCUUCUGUGGAAGAGCUGAUGUCCAGAUCCAGAACAAGACCUGGACCUCAGACAGCCAGUCAGACCAGAACUGUACAAACAGAUACAGGUCUGCAGGAGGUAUUAGAUGAACAUAAGAUCAGUCUGAGGAGGAGAUGUGAAUGUGUGAUUGAAGGAAUUGAUGAAACAGGAAGUGGAACCCUCCUCAACAGGAUCUACACUGAGCUCUACAUCACAGAGGGACAGAGUGAAGAGGUUAAUACCCAACAUGAGGUGAGGCAGCUUGAGACAGCUUCCAAGAAGAAGACCCUCCAUGGCGCUCCAAUCAAGUGCCACGACAUCUUUAAAGCCUUACCUGACCAACAGGGACACAUCAGAGUCGUUCUGACGAACGGCGUCGCUGGCAUUGGAAAAACCUUCUCAGUGAAGAAGUUCACUCUGGACUGGGCAGAGGGCUUGGAAAACCAAGAUGUCAGUCUGGUGGUUCCGCUUUCGUUCAGGGAGCUGAACUUGAUCAGAGAUGAGCAGUACAGUCUUCUCAUGCUGCUCCAUGUUUUCCAUCCAACAUUACAGAAGGUCACAGCAGAGAAGCUCGCUGUCUGUAAAGUUCUGUUCAUCUUUGACGGCCUGGAUGAAAGCAGACUUUCACUGGAUUUCAAGAACAAUGAGGUUGUGUCUGAUGUCACCCAGAAGUCAUCAGUCAACGUGCUGUUGACAAACCUCAUCCAGGGGAAUCUGCUUCCCUCAGCUCUCGUCUGGAUAACUUCCCGACCUGCAGCGGCCCAUCAGAUCCCUCCUGCAUGUGUUGACAGGGUAACAGAAGUACGAGGCUUCACUGAUGCCCAAAAGGAGGAGUACUUCAGGAGGAGAGUCAGUGAUGAAGAGCUGUCCAGCAGAAUCAUCUCACACAUCAAGACAUCCAGGAGCCUCCACAUCAUGUGUCUAAUCCCAGUCUUCUGCUGGAUCACUGCUACAGUUCUGGACCACAUGUUGACUACAGACCACAGAGGAGAGCUUCCCAAGACCCUGACUGACAUGUACUCACACUUCCUGUUGGUUCAGACAAAGAGGAAGAAGCAGAAGUAUGGUGAGGGACGUGAGACGAGUCCACAGGAGCUGACGGAGGCUGACAGGGAAGUUCUUCUGAAGCUGGGGAGGCUGGCGUUUGAACAUCUGGAGAAAGGAAACAUUAUGUUCUACCAAGAAGACCUGGAGCGGUGUGGUCUUGAUGUCACAGAGGCCUUGGUGUACUCAGGAGUUUGUACAGAGAUCUUCAAAAGAGAGAGUGUGAUCUUCCAGAAAACAGUCUACUGCUUUGUGCACCUGAGCAUUCAGGAGUUUCUGGCUGCAGUCUACAUUUUCCACUGUUACACAAACAGCAACACAGAUCGUGGCCCAUCUCUGGAUUUCUUCCUGAAGAGAGCAAUGGAGAAAUCCCUUGAAAGUAAAAAUGGCCACCUGGACCUGUUUGUUCGCUUCCUUCACGGCCUCUCUCUGAAGUCCAACCAGAGGCUCUUAGGAGGUCUGCUGGGUCAGACAAAGAGCAGUUCAGGAAGCAUCCAGAGAGUCAUAAACAACCUGAAGGAGAUGAACAGAGAGAAUAUCUCUCCUGACAGAAGCAUCAACAUCUUCCACUGUCUGAUGGAGAUGAACGACCACUCAAUAAAAGAGGAGAUCCAAAAGUUCCUGAAGUCAAAGAACAGAUCAAAGAAGAAACUCUCAGAGAUCCACUGCUCAGCUCUGGCCUACAUGCUGCAGAUGUCAGAGGAGGUUCUGGAUGAGUUGGACCUGAAGAAGUAUAACACAACAGACCAGGGACGACUGAGACUGAUUCCAGCUGUGAGGAACUGCAGAAAAGCUGUGCUUUCUGACUGUCGGAUCUCAGAUACUCACUGUGAAGUUGUGGCCUCAGCUCUGAAGUCCAAUCCCUCCCAUGUGAGAGAGCUGAACCUGAGUCACAACUACGACCUGCAGGAUUCAGGAGUGAAGCCGCUGUCUGUUGGACUGGAGAGUCCAAACUGUAGACUGGAGACUCUCAGAUUGUAUGGCUGCAGGUUGUCAGAGAUAAGCUGUGCUUCUCUGGCCUCAGCUCUGAAAUCCAACCCCUCCCGUCUGAGAGAGCUGGAACUGAGUAACAAUGACCUGCAGGAUUCAGGAGUUAAGCUCCUGUGUGGUUUUCUGGAGAGUCCACACUGUAGACUGGAAACUCUGAGAUUGUGGAGCUGCAGUUUGUCAGAGAUCAGCUGUGCUUCUCUGGCCUCAGCUCUGAAGUCCAACCCCUCCCAUCUGAGAGAGCUGGAGCUGGGUGACAACAAGCUGCAGGAUUCAGGAGUGAGGCUGCUGUGUGGUUUUCUGGAGAGUCCACAAUGUAGACUGCAGACUCUGAGAUUGAGGCGCUGCAGGUUAUCACAGAUCAGCUGUGCUUCUCUGGCCUCAGCUCUGAAGUCCAACCCCUCCCAUCUGAGAGAGCUGGAGCUUGGCUACAACAACCUGCAGGAUUCAGGACUGAAGCUGCUGUCUGAUCUUGUGAAGAGUCCAAACUGUAGACUGGAGACUCUGAGAUUGAAGUGAUCACUGUCAGAGUGAGUGAUCAGAAAAGUGGAUGUGUUGAGAGGAUCAGCCGUGUCCUGAUGAUCCACAGAGGUUCACCACCUGGACCUGCAUCUUAUUUUGUCUUUUUUUUUGUAUUCAUUCAUAUAUUCUGAAC